UAAUGCUGCUGUUCGACCAAGCAUGUUCACUCUGUUGGGACUACAAGUCCCAUCUGCCAUUAGUCUAGUUUAGUAAUGCUGCUGGUCGACCAAGCAUGUUCACUCUGUUGGUGUGUUGACGUGAGUUCCCCUCGCAGUUCCCAGCGCACAGAACCACACCACCACCAUGCCCGAGGGUCCAGAGUUACACUUGGCCAGUCUGUUUGUCAACAGGAUGUGUGGGGGAGUGGUCUUCACCGGCCCAGUACAAAAAUCAGAGGUCAGUAAGAACCCUGAGGUCUCCUUCUCCUGCCCGGCCUACACCAUCAUCGCCACCUCCAGAGGCAAGGAGGUCCGCCUCACUCUAACCCCCCAGAAGAGUGACUCUGCCCAGGGGAGAUGCAGGCGGGGGAAGACCGGUCAGGUCAACCAGGUCCAGGCCAUGGACAUCGUCUUCCGUUUCGGAAUGUCUGGAUUCUUCCGUUUCACCACGGAGGCGGAGCUUCCUAAACAUUCCCACCUGCGGUUCUACACCAAUGAGAAGCCCUGUAGGGUUCUGAGCUUUGUGGACACACGCCGCUUUGGCAGCUGGCAACCCAACGGGACCUGGCAACCCAACCGAGGGCCCUGUAUCAUGUUUGAGUACCUGAGCUACAGGGAGAAUGUCCUUUCCCACCUGUCUGACAGAGCGUUCGACCGGCCCGUCUGUGAGGUUCUGUUGAACCAGAAGUACUUUAACGGCAUUGGCAACUACCUGAGAGCUGAGAUCCUCUUUAGAUUAAACAUCCCUCCCUUUGUGAAGGCACGGACGGUUCUGGAAGGACUUCAAACACAUCUGUCUGACGAGGACCGGAAGUCCGUUGUUAAAGAGGAGGUCACAGACACCGAGGUCAAAGAGGAGGUCACAGACACCGAGGUCAAAGAGGAGGUCACCGACAGAGAAGUGAGAGGGCAGGCCAGGUUCACUGGCCAUUGCAUUACAUUUAAGGGAUUACAAAAACCGAUCUCAGACAGAGCUGCUGUGAAGGAGGAUGAGAGUGAGACUCCAGACCUGCUCCGUCUCUGUCACACAGUACCUCUGGAGGUCAUCAAGUUAGGUGGUAAAGGUUACGACCCAGAGAAAAUGGACUACACUGACUUUAAAUCGUGGCUCCAGUGUUACUAUGUGGAGGGGAUGAAGUCCGUAAGAGAUCACAACGGCAGAACUAUGUGGUUCAAGGGAGAUCCAGGUCCCAUGGCUCCUAAAGAUGCCAAAACAAAGAUGAUAGUGAAGAAAGAGGAUGACCAUGAUUAUAAAGGGGGAAAAAAGGUAAAGAAGGCCCGCUCCGAGAGCACGAUGAAGCCAAAAUACAUAAAGGAAACGGUGCAGGAAAAGGAAGUUCCUCAGAGACGGGCAGGAAGGAGGAAGUAAACAUGACCUCAGCAGAAGAGCACCAGUACAGAGUCCAGUGAGAUGAGAAGCUUUUUUGAUAAUUUGUCCUUCAACUUUGCCUGCAUCAUGUGAUUUGUCAUGAUUUAUGAAUCCUCCAUGUUCCAGCCCCACAGAUGUGGAGUGGGACUAGAAGAAUAUUGUCAAUUUUCAUGCAGGAAACAAAAAUUAUAUUUUUUUGCUUUCAAUCCAGAAGCUGCUAGGUAGAACAAGCAAGUAGCUGUUCGGAACAGAGCUAUUACUGAAUGGGGCCAUUUAAAAAAUAAAACGGUCUAUGCAAGAGAAAUCCCCUUUUUGUACUUUUUGUAAUAAACAACAUUUGACAUCA